AUGAGCCCCAACAACCUCCCGCCCUACCUCAUCAACCCCGAGCGUCUGCGCGAGCUCACCCGCGCCGAACCCCCUCCUCAGCCUCGACGCACGCCCUCGCCCCCAACAACCAAGGAAGUCCUGCACGUCGGACCCUCCCGCAGCUUCUCGGCCAGCGAGGCAUCUGGCUGGGCCGCAAUCGGCUCGACGGAGGACUACGGGUACGAGGAGCGCUGCGCGCUCUAUGCCCAGCAAACGGCGCAGAUUGGCGCCCGAGCCCCCGUUGACGAGUACUACGCCGCCCCCUUUGGAGAUAGCUAUGGUGGAGGCCAGGAUGGAAGGUGGGAUGGCGAGGGUGGACAGAAGUCUCGCUGGAACGUGAAGGCGAAGCUCAAACGCAAAAAUGAGGUCAGGAAGGCUGAGAAGGCUAUGGAGGGGAAAAACCUCGACAAGUGGCGUAAGCAGCAGGCUAGGGAGAGUGGAGAGGGAAGCUCGUCCAAGUGGAAGUCGCUGCCUUUUGGCAAGAAGUGA